AUGGCUGAGAAGACCACAGAGGGAACCCAGAUGUGGAAUGGGGCUAUACUUCAGGAUGCUUCGGGCCUCCAGGACAGCUUGUUUUCCUCUGAAAGUGACAACAGCCUGUACUUCACCUACAGUGGCCAGUCUAACACUCUGGAGGUCAGAGAUCUCACCUACCAGGUGGACAUCGCCUCUCAGGUGCCUUGGUUUGAACAGUUGGCUCAGUUCAAGAUACCUUGGAGGUCUCACAGCAACAAAGACUCCUGUGAUCUGGGCAUUCAGAAUCUGAGCUUCAAAGUGAGGAGUGGGCAGAUGCUGGCCAUCAUAGGAAGCUCAGGCUGUGGGAGAGCCUCACUACUAGAUGUGAUCACAGGCAGAGGCCACGGAGGCAAGAUGAAAUCAGGACAAAUCUGGAUCAAUGGGCAGCCCAGCACGCCCCAGCUCAUGAGGAAGUGUGUGGCCCACGUGCGCCAGCAUGACCAGCUCCUCCCCAACCUGACUGUCAGAGAGACCCUGGCUUUCAUUGCCCAGAUACGCCUGCCCAGAAGCUUCUCUCAGGCCCAGCGUGACAAAAGGGUAGAGGACGUGAUUGCGGAGCUGAGGCUGAGGCAGUGUGCCAACACCCGCGUGGGUAAUACAUAUGUGCGUGGGGUGUCUGGGGGCGAGCGCCGGAGAGUGAGCAUCGGGGUGCAGCUUCUGUGGAACCCAGGAAUCCUCAUUCUGGAUGAACCCACUUCCGGCCUUGACAGCUUCACUGCCCACAACCUGGUGAGAACCUUGUCCCGCCUGGCCAAAGGCAACAGGCUGGUGCUCAUCUCCCUCCACCAGCCUCGCUCUGACAUCUUCAGGCUAUUUGACCUGGUCCUUUUGAUGACAUCUGGCACCCCUAUCUACCUGGGAGCUGCGCAGCACAUGGUGCAGUACUUCACAGAAAUUGGCUACCCUUGUCCUCGCUACAGCAACCCGGCUGACUUCUAUGUGGACUUGACUAGCAUUGACAGGCGCAGCAAAGAACAGGAGAUGGCCACCAUGGAAAAGGCUCGGUCACUUGCAGACUUGUUUCUAGAGAAAGUGCAAGGCUUUGAUGACUUUCUGUGGAAAGCAGAGACGAAGGAACUGGACACGGUUACCUAUACAGUCAGCCGGACCCUCCCAGGGGACACAGACUGUGGGACUGCUGCUAAGAUGCCUGGAAUGAUACAACAGUUCACCACCCUCAUCCGUCGUCAAAUUUCCAACGACUUCCGAGACCUGCCCACCCUGCUCAUCCACGGGGCAGAAGCCUGCCUGAUGUCUCUCAUCAUCGGGUUCCUUUACUAUGGCCAUGACACCAAGCCACUGUCCUUCAUGGACACAUCAGCCCUCCUAUUCAUGAUAGGAGCUCUCAUCCCUUUCAAUGUCAUUCUGGACGUCGUCUCCAAAUGUCAUUCGGAGCGGUCGAUGCUGUACUACGAGCUGGAAGACGGGCUGUACACCACUGGUCCAUACUUCUUUGCCAAGGUCCUGGGUGAGUUGCCUGAGCACUGUGCCUACGUCAUCAUGUAUGGGAUGCCCAUCUACUGGCUGACCAACCUGCGGCCGGUCCCUGAGCUCUUCUUCCUGCACUUCAUGCUGGUGUGGUUGGUGGUCUUCUGCUGCAGGGCCAUGGCUCUGGCUGCCUCUGCAUUGCUGCCCACCUUCCACAUGUCCUCCUUCUUCUGCAACGCUCUCUACAAUUCCUUCUACCUUACCGCGGGCUUCAUGAUAAACCUGGAGAACAUGUGGACAGGUGAGGGCUGUCCCCUUGCCUUGCCCGGGCAUCUGUAG